GACCUGAGUCGUCCUCAGUCGACGUGGGACACUGGCGACAGUAACUCCCAGCCGGGGACAUGUUGGUAACUCGUUCCUGACAGUGGCCGCGCCGGCGGAUCCUUCUUUCAAUAGAGAAUCCUUCCUGGUGGAACGUGACGCGUGAAACUUCGCACGGAUAAUAAACGCGGGCUGAAUUUGAUCACGGAAAAUGAGGUUCUCCCGGUGCGUUGGAUUAUUGGUCGCCCUAUCUCUGGCCACAGGAACACGUCAAGCAACCACUUUCGGCGAGAAGGUGAAAAACUUCUUUGGAAUUUUUGGUAACAAACCACCGUCUGCCUUGGAAGCACCUGGACCAUGUUACUGUAGCUGCGGCUUACGAAACGAAGAAAGUCGAAUAGUCGGUGGUCAAACGACUCGUAUGAAUGAAUUCCCAUGGAUGGCCCGGCUUUCGUAUUUGAACAAAUUUUACUGUGGCGGAACGUUGAUUAAUGAUCGCUACGUUCUCACUGCGGCUCACUGUGUUAAAGGUCCCGUUUUUAGGUUCAUGUGGUUCAUGAUCAAGGUUACGUUCGGUGAACACGACAGGUGUACCGAGACAGGGUCUGAGACCAGAUACGUGGUCAGAGUGCAAACUGGUGAUUUCAGCUUCCUAAAUUUCGAUAACGACAUCGCUCUUUUACGGCUGAACGAAAGAGUACCUUUCGGCGACACUAUAAGGCCAAUAUGUCUGCCAUCCCAAAGAGAUAAGGAUUACACUGGGACAAAAGCAAUCGCGUCCGGUUGGGGUACCUUGCACGAGGAGGGAAAGCCAUCUUGCCUGCUGCAGGAAGUCGAGGUACCGGUUAUGAGCCUUCAGGACUGCCGCAACACAAGCUACAGUCCACGUAUGAUCUCUGAUAACAUGAUGUGCGCUGGAUAUCUCGAUGGCCAGAAAGAUUCUUGUCAGGGUGACAGCGGAGGACCGCUCAUAGCCGAACGCGAAGACAAGAAAUACGAGCUUAUAGGUGUAGUAUCCUGGGGAAAUGGAUGUGCUCGAGCAGGAUAUCCUGGUGUUUACACAAGAGUCACUCGAUACAUAGACUGGAUAGUUUACCACUCGCGAGAGGGAUGCUUUUGCGAACAAAAUUAGGAUCGGAGUUGUGGAAAGCAAUAGAUUUUUCUCUGUAUUAUAUUAAUUAUCCUUGUAAAGAAAGAAUUGCACAGGAAUAAAUACAAGUAUUUCUACUUGUAUUAAAUAUUCACGUAGAAAAUAAUUUCUACGCAAAAAUUUAUUGACUUUUGACAAAUAUCAUUUUGAAAACAUACUCAGAUGUAAGCAAUGUCCGAUUCGAACCUUUAUUUAAGUAAGAAUUACUUAAAAAGUAUGUGAAAAACGGACAAAGAUUUGUGGUUUUGCCGCAGAUUAUUCGACACUCUCAUUUAUCAAGUCAAUGUAUCAUAAAAAUUAAUAAUUAACAGUUUCUUAAAUAACA